AUGUCUACCACCGCCCCCGAGAAUGCCGAACAGGCACCUACCGCCCCGAACACGCAGGAGGUGGCGCCCCCUGCCGAAGGAACAGCAGCAGCAGCGCCGGCCGACGCCGCUGCUGUCCCUGAGGCCGUCGCACCAGGCCCCGAGCCCAAGGCCAUCACCCGCAAGGACAUGUCCCUCCGCGAAUUCUUGACCAAGAUGGAUGACUAUGCCCCAAUCAUCCCCGAUGCCGUUACAAACUAUUACAUGACCAAGGCUGGCCUUCCCCCACCACCGCAGACCGACCCCCGCCUCGCGCGCCUGCUCGCCCUCGCGACGCAAAAGUUCAUCGCCGACAUCUCCGCCGACGCCUACCAGUACAGCCGCAUCCGCGCCUCCAACUCCAACGCGAAUAACCCCAUGGGUAACCUCGGCGCUGCCGCAGGCUUCCCCAUCCCCGGCCAGCCCACAGGCCCGGCGGGCGCAAAGGACCAGGGCCGCGGUGGCCCCCUGGGCAUCCAGAGGCCGGGCUACGGCGGCGGUGGACAGGGUGGCAGUCAAAACAGGACCGUCCUUACCAUGGAGGAUCUCGGCAUGGCUGUCGGCGAGUACGGCGUCAACGUCAAGAGGAGCGAGUUCUACCGAUGA